AUGGACGACGGAAGUCGAUCUGUAUCUCCCUGUGACAUACCGAAGGACAUGUACCAACGUAAGGUCGUGCCCUACCGGAGGACUAUCUACUUUCGAUAUGGCACUCGGAUCAUCGAAGCCACAGGAAGUGCCUCAGACAACUGCCAUGUAAAUGUUCUGCGCCUUCGGGUGCGCAGGACUUUUAUCGAGCGAGUCAUCCAAGCCAUUGUUUCAUUCCUUCCCCUUGCAUGGGCGUGUUGGAUCCGGUCUAGGUUUCCGGAAUGGUGUCUACCCGAGAAUAUUGUCCUCAAGAUCCAGAAGGAUGGCUGGGAGGAAGAGUUUAAUAUGGAAAAGGCAGCAUACGAAAAGCUCGAGCCCGUGCAAGGCAGUGUCAUCCCCCGCUGCUUUGGGCAGAUCGAAUACGACGGAAAACGAGCCUUGAUACUUUCCGACAUUGGAGGAUACUGCAUAGCGACACCAGAAGGAGCAGUGUUAGACGAAAAGGAUUUCCGUCCCCUGUUGAAGAAGGCUCUGACCUCUAUCAGCAAGCUAGGUGUCUCCCACGACGACAACAAGCUUGACAACUUUCAUCUCGUUACGGAGGACGGAAAGGACAGGGUCAUGAUAGUAGACUUGGAAAUGGUGGAUACAGGCCUGCCAGAGGCUGACUUUGCCUUUGCAGCUGAGGCGAGUGAGGAUUUUCUGAUACAACAGUAUCGGCAGCAUUUGGAAUGCAUGGAGUACGACGGGGUGCUUCUCCCCAAGUGGCCACUCAAGGCAUAG